CUGGGUGCCAGCGGGUCGAAGCCGUGUGGGUGGGGGCCCGGUCGAGCUCGGCAGAGCCUGGUUAAAGAUUAAGGAGCUUCCCGUAAACCAUCUGGUGCAGCGCCAGGGGCGGGAUGUGACCCCCCAGCCCUGCCAAAGGACGCCACGGCCACCCAGCCGCCCUUCGUCCCCGCCUCGCUGGGGCCGUGUCCCGCUCCGCUCCGCCCACGGCACCGGGCAUUGGUGCCAUGAUUGCGAGGCUCGCCAAGGAGCUGGAGGAGGCGCGGCGCUGGGCGGGGGUGCGCGAGCUGCAGCCGCUGGGGGGCGACGUGCGGCGCUGGGGGGGCAUCCUGCUGCCUAACAACCCCCCCUACAACGUGGGCGCUUUCUGCUUCGAGCUGUCCUCCCCCCACCACCCGCUGUGUCCCCCCCGCGUCACACUCUGCACCCCGAUCCUGCACCCGGCGGUGGACCGCGAUGGCCAUGUCUGCCAGCCUCUCACCUCACUCGAGCACUGGGCGCCCACCACCCGCGCUGUGCACGUGCUGAAGGACCUGUUGCUGCUGCUGGACACCCUGGACCCCCAGCGCGUGCUGCGCCCCGAUUUGGCCCGCGAGCUGCAGGAGCACCCCCAGGAAUUCCUGCACCGAGCAGAGCAGCACACACGCCAGCAUGCUGAGCGGCGCCCGGACCCCGCUGCACCGUGACACCCCCUGGGCGUGACACACCUGGUAUCACCUGGACAUCGCCCCCGCCCGGGGCUCCUGGUGCCCUCAGGGGUCACCCUGCUCUCAAUGUACAUUAAAUGUUGGCUCCGGGUCCCGGUUUGGCCUCCU